AUAAUAUAUGUUGUGGGAUAAUAGUACAAAGCUUUUUGAAAGUCUAUUUUAAGGCCCCCUACCCUUCCAUAUUCUAUCCCCAAGAAACUCAACCACUUCUCUCCAAUGGAGGAUCCUCUUCACAGAUUCCAAUUUCACUCUCAAUCUUCUUCAUCUUCUUCGUCUUCUUCUUCUUCAUCAGAUAUCAAAAAUUCCAUCAAAGAAAGAAACUCCAAGAAACUUAAACUCGUAAACGACGGCACACAUCCUACCUAUCGCGGCGUUCGAAUGCGACAAUGGGGAAAAUGGGUUUCCGAAAUCAGAGAACCAAAGAAGAAAUCCAGAAUUUGGUUAGGCACAUUUUCUACCCCGGAAAUGGCCGCCAGAGCUCACGACGUCGCCGCUAGAACUAUCAAAGGUCAUUCUGCUUACCUUAACUUCCCUGAAUUGGCUCAUCGUCUCCCUCGUCCUGCUAGUUCUUCACCUAAAGACAUUCGAGCCGCCGCCGCUAAAGCCGCCUCCUUUACUAAUCUCAAUCUCCACGAUGAUGAACAUAACGCCGCCGCGAAAUCUGACCUGAAUCUCAAUCGCUCUCCUUCUUCCGCCGUCGCUGCCAAAUCCUCCGGUGAUAUUGACGAUCCUUUCUUCGAUCUCCCUGAUCUGUUCCUUGAUGAUCCUAAUCAUCAAAUUGAUACAUUCUGUUUCUCGCAAUUUCUUCCGAUUGACGGUUUCGACUCUGUUUUUACCCGGCCGCCGUCGCCGUCUGAUUAUUUCGCUUACAGAGGUAGCAUACUCUAGUUCGCCGCCGCUAUCGCCUCCAUUUCAAACGGCUGCAGAUUUUGAUUUUGAUUUUGAUUUUGAUUUUUUUUUUUUUUUUUGAAAACCCUAAUACCAAAUCAGGAAAUUUUCCUCUUUUUUUCUUUUUUACUUUUCUAAUUUCAUCCUCGGAUUUAUUGUUCUUAUUUUUAAAUUAUAGUAAUUUAGAAUUUGUUCUUACUAUUUUCGAACUUAAAUUACAAUCAUUUGAAAAUUUUAAUAAUAAAGCUGAGGAUGAAAUUAAUAAAAAAAAAAAAAAUGAAAUUUGUCAUUUUCUGUUGUACAUGUUUUUUUCUUCUUAUUCUCUCGGUGGCAUUAUGUGUAAUAAGUUUCUUACAGUUUCCACAUUUGUAAAUUUAUAUGUAUUCUAGUUAAUUUUUUUCCCUACAUUAUGUCCAUUAUAACAA